GUUUAAUGCUUAGAUUUUUUGUUCUUACGGAAUCAUUGUUGGAGGAUAAAUGUUUGAGUAUUUGAUACACAAAGCUAAGAACCCUUGUGAACUGUGAUUAUCUUUUCUUCAGCCAUAACAAGUGUGUCUCUUUCUAUGGCGCGUGAAAAGGUGUCGCUAUAACACAAUUUGGCACACUGAAAACCAUUGCUUCAAGCUUUUGUGGCUAUGAAGAGAGAUAAAUAGAUAGAGAUACACUGUUUUGUUCAAAUUCUGGGUGAUCUACCCCUGUUUUCAGUGGAAACUCGUGGAAGAAGAAGAGUGCUUUUAUUUGAUUUUUUAUGAAAAAAAAGGAGCAUAUUCUGCUGUAGGAGUGGAUCAAAAGAGAGGAAUAUUUAAAUUGAUCUUCUAAGCUAUCAUUAGAAAGUGCAGAAAAGCUAUUAAGUAAUGUGUGUGUACCUUAAGCUUGAACAAAGCAUUUGAUCCCUUAUUGACAUCAUCUUGGAAGAGCUUUAGUGAAGAGUUCCUAUGGAGUCAGAAGGAGAAGCAGGGGCAAAGCCAAUUACAGCUUUGGGUGCGCAAGUGUGCCAAAUUUGUGGUGAUAAUGUUGGGAAGACUGUGGAUGGCGAAUCAUUUGUCGCAUGCGGUGUUUGUGCGUUCCCUGUGUGCAGGCCUUGUUACGAGUAUGAAAGGAAGGAUGGGAACCAGUGCUGCCCCCAGUGCAAAACUCGCUACAAGAGGCACAAAGGAAGCCCUGCCAUUCUUGGAGACAGGGAAGAGGAUGUUGGUGCUGAUGAUGUUUCUAGUGACUUCAAUUAUGAUUCAGAAAAUCAAAACCAAAAGACAAAGAUUUCAGAGCGCAUGUUGAGCUGGCACAUGACAUAUGGCCGAGGAGCAGAGGCUGGUGCUCCAAAUUAUGAUAAGGAAGUUUCUCACAACCACAUUCCCUUGCUGACCAGUGGACAAGAGGUCUCUGGUGAGUUAUCCGCAGCUUCACCUGAGAGGCUCUCAAUGGCAUCUCCUGGAGUUGGUGGUGGGAAGCGUACUAUCCAUCAUACUCCAUAUUCAUCUGAUGUUAAUCAAUCUCCAAAUAUUAGGGGUGGGGAUCCAGGGUUGGGCAAUGUAGCUUGGAAAGAAAGAGUUGAUGGCUGGAAGAUGAAGCAAGAAAAGAAUGUUGUUCCAAUGAGCACAGGCCAAGCUGCUUCUGAAAGAGGAGCUGGAGAUAUUGAUGCUAGUACUGAUGUGCUUGUUGAUGAUUCCUUGUUGAAUGAUGAAGCUCGGCAACCACUUUCAAGGAAGGUUUCGAUUCCAUCGUCUAGGAUUAAUCCAUAUCGUAUGGUCAUCAUUCUACGGCUGGUCAUCCUCUGCAUGUUCUUGCACUACCGUAUAACAAACCCAGUGCCCAAUGCAUUUGCAUUGUGGUUAAUAUCAGUUAUAUGUGAAAUUUGGUUUGCUAUAUCAUGGAUAUUGGAUCAAUUCCCCAAGUGGCUUCCUGUAAACCGUGAAACAUAUCUUGAUAGGCUUGCACUAAGAUAUGACAGAGAAGGAGAACCGUCUCAGCUAGCAGCUGUUGACAUUUUUGUCAGUACUGUCGACCCCUUAAAGGAGCCUCCACUGGUUACUGCCAAUACUAUAUUGUCAAUUCUUGCAGUUGACUACCCAGUGGAUAAGGUCUCAUGCUAUUUGUCUGAUGAUGGUGCUGCUAUGUUGACAUUUGAAGCUCUUGCCGAGACAUCAGAAUUCGCAAGGAAAUGGGUUCCUUUCUGCAAGAAGUAUAACAUUGAACCCCGUGCACCUGAGUGGUAUUUUGCACAGAAGAUUGACUACUUGAAAGAUAAGGUUCAGCCAUCGUUUGUCAAGGAUCGCAGAGCAAUGAAGAGAGAAUAUGAAGAAUUUAAAGUUCGCAUUAACGGACUUGUUUCAAAGGCACAGAAAGUUCCCGAAGAAGGAUGGGUGAUGCAAGAUGGCACGCCAUGGCCUGGAAAUAACACAAGAGACCAUCCUGGAAUGAUCCAGGUUUUCUUAGGUCAAAGCGGAGGACUCGACUCUGAAGGUAAUGAACUUCCAAGAUUAGUCUAUGUUUCUCGUGAAAAGCGUCCAGGGUUUCAACAUCACAAAAAGGCUGGUGCAAUGAAUGCAUUGGUUCGGGUUUCUGCUGUCCUAACUAAUGGACCUUUCUUAAUGAAUCUCGAUUGUGAUCACUACAUAAACAACAGCAAGGCCUUGAGGGAAGCUAUGUGCUUUAUGAUGGAUCCCAAUCUUGGGAAAUAUGUUUGCUAUGUACAGUUUCCACAGAGGUUUGAUGGUAUUGAUAGGAAUGAUCGAUAUGCCAAUCGUAACACUGUUUUCUUCGAUAUAAACUUGAGAGGUUUGGAUGGAAUCCAAGGUCCUGUAUAUGUGGGUACGGGAUGUGUCUUUAACAGGACAGCUUUAUAUGGUUAUGAACCGCCUCUUAAACCGAAGCAUAAAAAGCCUGGGUUGCUAUCUUCUCUCUGUGGCGGAAGGCAAAAGAAGAGUUCUAAAUCUAGUAAGAAUGGAUCAGACAAGAAAAAAUCUAGCAAGCAUGCUGAUCCAACUGUGCCCAUCUUCAGUCUAGAGGAUAUUGAAGAAGGAGUAGAAGGAACUGGAUUUGAUGAUGAGAAAACGCUACUUAUGUCGCAAGUGAGCCUUGAGAAAAGGUUUGGUCAAUCUGCUGUUUUUGUUGCCUCCACUCUUAUGGAGAAUGGUGGCGUGCCUCAGUCAGCUACUCCAGAAACUCUUCUUAAGGAGGCAAUUCAUGUUAUCAGCUGCGGUUAUGAGGACAAAACUGAAUGGGGAGCUGAGAUAGGAUGGAUAUAUGGUUCUGUCACAGAAGAUAUUCUUACUGGAUUUAAGAUGCAUGCUCGUGGUUGGCGGUCUGUGUACUGCAUGCCUAAGCGCCCGGCAUUUAAAGGUUCUGCUCCAAUCAAUCUUUCGGAUCGUCUGAACCAAGUGCUUCGAUGGGCUUUAGGUUCUGUGGAAAUUCUUCUAAGUCGGCACUGCCCCAUCUGGUAUGGUUAUGGUGGAAGGCUCAAGUGGCUCGAGAGGUUUGCAUAUGUGAACACAACAAUCUAUCCCAUCACAGCCAUUCCCCUUCUCAUGUAUUGUACCUUACCUGCCGUGUGUUUGUUGACCAACAAGUUCAUUAUUCCCCAGAUCAGUAACAUUGCAAGUUUAUGGUUUAUUUCUCUCUUCCUUUCCAUCUUUGCAACUGGAAUUCUCGAGAUGAGGUGGAGUGGAGUCGGAAUCGAUGAGUGGUGGAGGAACGAACAAUUUUGGGUCAUCGGUGGUGUUUCAUCUCAUCUUUUUGCUGUGCUCCAAGGCUUACUCAAAGUGCUGGCUGGUAUUGACCCCAACUUCACCGUUACCUCCAAGGCAUCAGACGACGACGGGGACUUCGCUGAACUCUACAUGUUCAAAUGGACAACACUUCUCAUUCUGCCGACAACGCUUCUCAUAGUGAACUUGGUUGGCGUCGUAGCUGGCAUCUCCUACGCCAUCAACAGUGGUUACCAAUCAUGGGGUCCCCUCUUUGGUAAACUCUUCUUUGCAUUCUGGGUGAUCAUCCAUUUGUACCCUUUCCUCAAAGGUCUCAUGGGUCGCCAGAACCGAACGCCAACCAUCGUGGUGGUUUGGUCCAUUCUUCUUGCAUCCAUUUUUUCUCUUUUAUGGGUGAGAGUUGAUCCAUUCACCACAAGAGUCACUGGUCCUGAUGCUGAGAUAUGUGGCAUAAACUGCUAGACCAAAAACCAUAGCCUGCUUGAUGGGAAUGUGUAGGAAUGUAAUUAUUACUCUGUAGAUUUUAUAUGUUUAUGUAUGUUUGUGCAGUUUAUAUCUAUAUGUAAGAAAUCCGAGUUAGUACUAA